AUGUAUGCUGUGGAUUAUAGUGAGGAGAAUGAGGGUUACCGGUGUUUCCAGCCCGACCCGGGCAUUGGUGCUGCUGCGCUAGGUGCUUGUGAGGCUGCUGCUCUAGGUGCCAGUGCGUCUGUGCUCUCAGGUACUGGUGAGACUGCGCUCUCAGGUACUGCGUCGCCCUCGUCCUCCCUCACUUUCACACUUGACUCCGGGGCUGCUCGCUCCUUCUUUCGAGACCGCACUACCCUUACGCCGCUCGGCCGGCCGGUUGCGGUCUCCCUUGCUGACCCCUCUGGGGGUCCUGUCCUGUCUCACUUCUCCACUGUCCUCCCGUGUCCGGCUGCCCCUUCGGGCACCCUGUCUGGUCUGUACCUUCCCUCGUUCUCUACGAACUUGGUGAGUGGAGCGGACCUGCAGGAUGUGGGGGUUCACCAGUUCACUCCUGCGAGUCAGCGGGUGACCCACUGCACGGAGGCACGCACAGGCCGACACCUGGCCACGUUCUCACGUCGGCCGGGGUCGAGUCUCUACACCCUGACCGUUGAGUCUCCUCCUGACCCUGCGUCUGCUCAGGUGGCUGCGUCAGGUCAGGUGCUUGCUGCUGCGUCCCGGUCAGGUCCUGAGUCUGCCCCCUGUUCUUGUCGCCUCCUGUCUCACGAGACUCUCCUGUGGCACCACCGUCUUGGCCACCCCUCCUUGCCCCGUCUUCGGAGCAUGGCUUCCCGUGUCCUUGUCUCUGGUCUUCCCCAGUCUCUCCCUCCUCUCCCCUCCGGGCCAGGACCUUCCUGUGUCCCCUGUGUCGAGGGGCGCCUCCGGGCUACUCCUCACUCCUCCCACUUCCCCCCGACAGAGGCUCCCCUGCAGACGCUUCACAUGGAUGUGUGGGGCCCAGCCCCCGUCCGUGGGCAGGGUUACGAGCGCUACUUCCUGUUGGUGGUUGACGACUACUCGUGUUACACCACAGUCCUCCCCUUGCGCAGAAAGGGUGCGGUCACUGAGGUGCUGAUCGACUGGAUCCGCGAGGCUCGUCUCCAGCUCAGGAAGAGCUUCGGCUCGGACUUUCCUGUUCUGCGUCUGCACUCGGACAGAGGCGAAGAGUUCUCUUCUCGCCUUCUGCGGGAAUACUGUCGUGCACGAGGGAUCCGCCAGACCUUCACGCUUCCGGACUCACCACAGCAAAAUGGGAUUGCUGAGCGCCGCAUUGGCAUGGUCAUGGAUGUCGCUCGAACGUCCAUGAUGCAUGCGGCUGCCCCCCAUUUUCUGUGGCCGUUUGCGGUGAGGUACGCGGCGCAUCAGCUUAACCUUCACCUCCGGGUCUCUCGGCCUGCGAUGUCCCCAGCCUUGCUGUGGACGGGGAAGGUUGGUGAUGCGUCUGUGUUCCGUGUCUGGGGAUCUCGGGCGUUUGUCCGCGACUUGUCUGCGGACAAGCUGUCCCCUCGUGAUGCUCCCUGUGUCUUCCUUGGCUUCCCCCUUGACGCCCCAGGGUGGCAGUUUUACCACCCCUCCUCUCGUCGUGUUCUGUCCUCCCAGGACGUCACGUUCGACGAGUCAGUCCCCUUCUACCGUCUCUUCCCCUACCGCACUCCUUCCCUCCCCCCUCCCCCGGACUUCCUCGUGCCGGUAGACGCCGUUGACCCGGUCGAGGUUACUGGUGACUCUGGUGCUGCUGCGGGUGCUGAGCCUGGGGGUGCUGACGCUGGGGGUGCUGUGCGCGGGGGUGCUGAGCCUGGGGGUGCUACUGCUGGGGGUGCUGGGCCUGAGGGUGCUACUGCGGAGGGUGCGGAGCCUGGGGGUGCUGAGCCGGGGGGUGCUGUGCCUGGAGGUGCUGGGUCUGGGGGUGCUGGGUCGGGAGCUGCUGAGCCUGGGGGUGCUGCGUCUGGAGCUGCUGAGCCUGGGGUUUCUCCUGCUGCUGCGUCUCGCCGGGAGCCCCUCUCUCCACAGGAGCUGCGCGAGUGGUUCGCUCGCCGCUGGAGGCGUGCUGCUGAGUCUGGAGGUGCUGCUGGAGCUGGAGCUGGUGCUUCUUCGACCGUCGAGGGUGCGGGUGCUGCCGGUCCCGGAGCUGCUGGACCUGCGGGUCCUCCUGGAGCUGGAGCUGCUGAGGGCGUUGGUGCUGAGCCUACUGCUGUUGGUCCUGCCGCUGGAGGUGUGGGUGGCGCUGGUGCUGUCGCUGAGGGUGCUGGUGCUGUCCCUGCUGAGUCUGGAGCUGCCGCGCGGCCUCGGCCGUACUUCGUUCCGCUCCUGCAGCAGGUUCUUGGUCUUUCUCCUCCAGUAGAGGGUCCACCGCCUGUCCAGUCGCAGUCCCUGCUGGAGCCUUCCUCUCCACUGCCUGCUCCCUCUCCUUACACUGGUCCUACUGGAGGUCUUGCUGAGCGUCGUGAGCCUGCGUCUCGUCCCGCGUCGCCUGUUCGUGCUGCUCGCGCUAGUGGUCGCAGUUCGCGUCAGCGUCCUCCUCCUGUCCCUGGCACCCACCGGAUGUCUUUGCGUCCGUCCACUGCUCCUCUGCGUGCCCCUUUGCCUUCUCCUCCUGAGUCCUCUCUUCCUGCGCUAGCCGACCCUGAGUCGGACUCUCUUCGUGCUGCCAGUCCUACUGUCACGCGUCUGCUUGCUACUGUCGUCACUGACCCCUCUUUUGAGUCCACUUCUGCAUCUGCUCUAGUUGCUGAGCUCGUCGACUUUGCUGCUCGCUGUCGUCUCGACUACGCUGCUAGUCUUGUUGCUGAGUCUGCGUCUGUCUGUCCUCUGUCCGUCGGGGGUGAGUGUGCUCUUGGCACGGACGUCCUAGAGGACAGGCAGGAGGAGUUACAGUGUCUAGCGGCUGCUUCACCUCAUCUCGCGUCUGUUCUGCUUGCCCCUGAGGGAGACCCGGAUGCACUAGACAUCCCGACUCCGCGUUCUUACGCGGAGGCCGUAGAGGGUCCCUACUCCUCUGAGUGGCAGGCAGCUAUGGAUGCAGAGAUGGCUUCCUGGAAGUCCACAGGCACCUACGUUGACGCGGUUCCCCCUCCUGGGGCGAACAUCGUCAGUGGCAUGUGGAUCUUCAGGGUGAAGCGGCCGCCGGGCUCUCCACCUGUCUUCAAGGCACGGUACUUUGCUCGUGGCUUCAAUCAGCGGCAGGGAGUUGACUACUUUCAGACCUUCUCUCCCACCCCGAAGAUGACUACUCUUCGGGUGCUGCUACACAUAGCCGCUCAGCGCGACUACGAGCUUCACUCUCUUGACUUCAGCACUGCGUUCUUGCAGGGUAGCCUGCACGAGGAGAUCUGGCUUCGCCGUCCACCUGGCUUCACUGGGACUUUCCCUCCUGGCACCCAUUGGAGCCUCCGACGGCCAGUCUACGGUCUCCGCCAGGCACCGCGUGAGUGGCACGACACACUGAGGACUACGCUUGCGGCCCUUGGGUUUGCUCCUUCUACUGCUGACCCGUCGCUGUUUCUUCGCACCGACACUUCCCUGCCGCCGUUCUACAUCCUCGUGUACGUCGACGACUUGGUCUUUGCCACAGCGGACACUGCUGGACUCGCCUACGUGAAGUCCGAGCUGCUGAAGAGACACACGUGCACAGACCUGGGUGAACUGCGCAGCUACCUUGGCUUGCAGAUCACUCGGGACAGAGCACGCCGCACCAUUACCUUGACUCAGUCACACAUGGUGCAGCAGGUCCUUCAGCGCUUCGGCUUCACGUACUCCUCGCCUCAGGCCACUCCUCUGCCUACUCGCCACUCACUCUCAGCUCUGCCUUCGGAUGAGUCCGUAGAGUCGAGUGGUCCGUAUGCAGAGCUUGUUGGCUGCCUCAUGUACCUGAUGACCUGCACACGACCUGACCUUGCAUACCCUCUGAGCAUUCUUGCACGCUAUGUUGCUCCUGGGAGACACAGACCAGAGCACAUGGCUGCAGCGAAGAGGGUAUUGCGCUACCUGUGCAGUACGUCGGGCAUGGGGCUAGUGCUUGGAGGGCGGAGUCCAGUGGUCCUUACCGGCCACGCGGACGCUUCUUGGGCUGACGACCAGGCUACGCAGCGGUCGUCACAGGGUUACACCUUCAGCCUUGGUUCCGCCUCUGUCUCGUGGCGGUCUACUCGCUCGUCUUCGGUUCUCGGCUCCAGUUGUGAGGCUGAGAUCUACGCCGGGGCCAUGGCUGCACAGGAGCUUCGCUGGCUCACCUACCUGCUGACUGACCUUGGAGAGCCGCCUCGUUCUCCUCCAGUGCUGUACGUAGACAAUAAGGCCAUGCUGGCCUUGUGUCGAGAGCAGCGCUUGGAGCACAGAACGAAGCACAUUGCUCUCCGCUACUUCCUUGCUCGUGAGAUGCAGCAGCGUGGUCAGUUGCGACUUGCGUACGUGGCCUCUGAGGCCAACACUGCUGAUGUGUUCACCAAGGCACUCGCGCCUUGUGACCAUCAGCGAUUUUGCACCCAGCUGGGUCUUGUGCCUGUCUUGCCUCACUUGCUCUCCUCUUGA